AGCAUCCGCGCCGCGACGCGAACCCCAUCGCAGCCAGUUCACACGUCUGUCUCGUCUCCUCGUCGCGCCGCGCCGCGCCGCCCCGCUCCGCCCGCCGCAAUGCCGAAGAAGAUGGGAGUCAACACCAAGGCGGAGGCGGCGCGCGAGCGACGAAGCGCCGCCGAGGCGGAUCGCCGCGACCGCGACGCUCGCGCCAAGGAGGAGGCCUACUGGCAGGCGGCCGAGGGCCCCAAGUCGCGCUCCGCGCGCCGCCGCGAGGAGGACGCCGAGAAGCGCGCCGAGGCGGCCGCACGCCGCGCGGAGAACCGCCGCCUCGCCGAGCUCGAGCAGCAGCAGCUCGCCGCCGCCGCGCGGCGCCCCGACCGCAAGGCCGCACGCGUCGGCGGCCCCGUCGUCCCCAAGGUCACCGAGGCCGAGCUGCUGCGACGCCGGGAGGAGGAGCGGAUCCGCCUCGAGCGCGAGGCUGAGGCCGCCAAGAAGCGACAGGCCCGCACCGCCGAAGAGGAGGAGUACGAGCGCGUCGUGCUCGUCGCCAACACCAACAGAGACGACUCCAUCAUCGAGGCACGGUCAGUGGAGGACGCCAUCGUCAAGAUGUCCAUCGCUGCCGAGCCUGCGCUACCACCGGAUCGCCACCCCGAGCGCCGCCUCAAGGUCUCGUACAAGGCUUUUGAAGAAGCAGAGCUAGCCAAACUCAAGGAGGAAAAGCCUGGGCUGACUCUGCAUCAGUACAAAGAUAUGAUAUGGAAGUUGUGGAAGAAAUCUCCAGACAACCCUCUCAAUCAGGCUGCUGAUUGAUUUCAUGAUUACCUUACCACAUUGGAGCCAACAACCUGGCAUCUUUCUUUUGGUUCUUUAUGAACACAAGGCCACCUGUAAAGUAUUUACUUUUAGAGUCAAAUCUCCUUUUGUUUCUGCAUCAUUGGUGCAAUUUAGCAAAUGUGAGAUCUGUACACCGGAAGAGUACAAUGUAACAUGCUAAGAGUGUUUUUUGAUAAAGAUAUUUGAUCUAUUAUUUAUUCAUUGAAGGAAUAAACAUAUACUUUUAUGUA